CGGGGCACAAGGAGACGUGCACAGCCAACUCCAUCCAAUAAAAUCGUCUCGGACAAACUAACUAGUGUUGGCAAGAUCUCUUCAAGAUGAAGUUACUUUUCUUGAUCUUCGGUUUGGCAGUGACCCAAGUCUAUUCACAGGCUAUAGGUACACCCACCACGGGUACUAGCAGUCCAGGAUCAACCACCGGAAAUGCACCAGCUAACCAAAAACCGAAGACCAACACUCUGGCAAACUCCUCUCCUCGAGCGUCUGGAAUGUCAAUUAUUCCAGGGAUGCCAGAUAUGACAGGACUGUCCAUGUUUGCAGGAAUGUCCGGUUUUGCAGGAAUGGGAAGUAUCCCAGGAAUGCCUAGCAUGCCAGCGCCAUCAAUGGAAAAUUCAUGUCUUAUGAAACAGCAAAGCAUGAGCUUCAUGUCAGGUCCAGUAGAUCUAGGAGCAUUGUCUGAUCAUAUCGGAGCUGCAAUCAAGAGAAAAUAUUCUGGAGUGAUGGGUGUGCAAAGAGCUCUUAUGAACCCAAACCAAUUUGGAGGAAGAAACUGGGAAUGUGCUGCCAAGGCAUAUGCAUCGAAUGCACUUCAAAUGCACGAUCCGGGAGAGUUCGCAAACAGUUUCGCUGACUUGGUCGACUCAGUUGGAUGUGCUGUCAAAUGCAGAUACAAUCUGUUGACGGGAAAACCCGAAAUAGUGUAUCCAGGACAGCCCUCUAUGUCAUCUCUAAUGGCAGCUUUUGGAAUGGGCGGAAUGGGCGGAAUGGGUGGCAUGGGCGGAAUGGGCGGUAUGGGCGGAAUGAAGGAUAUGGGCGGUAUGGGUGGUAUGGGUGGUAUUGGUGCCAUGGGCGGUAUGGGCGGUAUGGGCGGUCUGGGUGGCUUAAACCCAAUGGACAUGAUGGGGAUGAUGAACGCUAUGACCAACACACCAAGUGUUACAGGACAGCCCAAAAAGACACCAAAACAGUCUUCAACUGUAACAGGGAAGCCAAAACCGGCUGCCCCGGACACCUCCAUGGCCUCACUAAUGGCCGCUUUAGGAAUGGGACCAGCACCAGGGAAUCAGAACAUGCCUGCCAUGACCGGCAUGCCCAACAUUCCAGGCAUGCCCAAUAUGCAAGGCAUGCCUAGCUUCCCAGGGUCGAACCCAGAACCUGCGAAUCUUGGAAUGCCAAACAUGGGAUCUAUAGACAAGUAUCUGUUUGGAAACACCCCGAUGUUUGGUCAGUCCAGUCAGCAGUCCGGUUCCAACUCGAGACAGAUGCCCGGACGGAAACCACAUGGCCAAGGAAAUAGCAAACAACAAACCACCAGGUGGCGUUCCAUGAUCUUCCCAGCCCCCGCUCAGGUUCACUCCCCGGUACCAGUCCAGCUUCCAGCUCAACAGAAGCAGGAACCAGCAUCCAACUCGAACAUGUUUCCUGGUGUGUUCAACUUCCCAUAUCUGACUGGUGCUAAUGGUGGCGUCAGCGAUGCCGCAUUGAUGUCCUUCCUGGGCUUAACACAACCGACACAAAACCCCAACAGCCAAAACAACAACAUGUUCGCCUCGCUUUUCCCUGGCGCUACAGUUCCCCAGUCUCCCCCACCUCCACCACCCGCACCGCUCCCAGCCCCGUCCCCUAAAGCUGGUAACCAGAACGCUGUGAAUCCUUUUGACCAGAUGCUGAACGAGUACAUCAAAACCAUGUUUUCCAGAGGCAAUCCCAUGAUGGGGGGAGGAGGAGGCAAUCCCAUGAUGCCAGGGACAGGAGGACCAAAUAGUUUCAUGGCGAGUCUUUUCCAAUAAAGACCAGCAGAACCAAGGAUGUUGUUAAGGGCUAAACAAUCGGAGACUGUCAAGACGUGACCACCAAAGAAGACAUUCCCUUACGUGGAGCAGUUUAUUUGUGCAUUUAAUUGUACCACAUAAAGAUAUAGAGUAAACAGACACUAAACACUGAUCUUGACUUUUCAUUAUAACUUUUCAUCAACAGGCUUUGACCGUGCUUGGUUUAACAAAUAAUAAUGCUGUGCAUUUUGUUACAUCUUACGAUCCAAGAAUGGACGAUAAAUGAAUGCUAUAUAGUAUAUCUAUAAGGCACUGUAUUCAAUUAGUUCGAACUUAAGUGCUAGAUUAAACGAAAUAUUAGAUAUA